AUGGCUGAUUAUUCCAUUGUAAAUAUUGGUGGUACCCUUCGCCGCGCCACUUGUUUUCCUAGAGUUCUUGCUGAUCGAUCCAAAAUCGGAGAUGUUGAGCGGGUAGCGUUUUGCUUUCUCUUAUUUUUCGAUGACAAAGCCCACUAUUUUGUCACAAAUUGUUGUGCAUCAGUUGUAGAUAUUUUCAAUCAAUAUCCUCAACAAAUAACACAAAGCGCAACUGAAAAGAUGACGGAUUUCGCAGAAGUUGAUAAAGCGAUAGAUGAUAACCCAAAAGUAGUAUAUGAACAGCUGAAAGAAAUUUAUGAUAGCAACGAAGAAAUAAAAACUAACAUUGAUUUGUUGUGGCGGUUGGGCAAAGCAUGUUUUUUGUGGGCUAAUACUUUGCAAAAGAAGGAUCCGAAGAAGAAGUUGCUCAUUCUCGAAGGUCGGACAUAUGCAACGUCAGCUUAUACAAUCGAUGAGAAUAAUGCUGAAGCACUCAGAUGGGCGGCAAUCCUGAUUGGCUCUGCAACUGAUUUCCUUGGACCCAAAGAAAAAAUUGAGCAGGGCAAGAUUUUCAAGGCAUAUUUGGAUCGCGCAAUACAGAUGCAAUCGACCGAAUAUUCAUUGCUUCAUUCACGUGGACGUUUUUCGUAUGAGGUCGCCAAUCUUACAUGGAUCGAGAAACGAUUAUGUAGUGCAUUGUUUUCUGAAGUUCCACAUGGUACAAUCGAUGAAGCUCUUAGCGAUUUUUUGGAGGCUGAAAAAUAUUCACCAUUCGCAUGGCCUGAGAAUUUACUCUAUAUCGCACGUUGUUAUGCUGUAAUGAAAAACAAAGAACUUGCCAAAAAAUAUUUGGAAAAAGUAGAAAUGAUUGAACAUCUAGAUGAAGCUGAAGCGGAAGCACUAAUCGAAGUUAAAGCCGUGGUUUCUAAAUUAAGAUAA